AUGAGUGUUGCUCAACGAUUUCCAAUAUCAACAUUCAACCUAGCUAUACAUGUUUUUAAAUGCCACAUGUUCUUUUCUUUAAACGAUCAUCUGAGAAAUGUUUACAUAGAAUAGAAUAACAAACAUCUCUUACAGUGAGUUCUGAUAUCCUACCUACGACAGAUGUCUUGGAUUUAGAUGGUAAAUUUACAACAGUCGAUGAACAUUCUAGUUUUGUUUCAAACCAAAUUACUGAAACAGAAACACCCACGUCUGUAACAACAGGAAAUAUAAGAACAGCGAAAUAUUCUAUAUCAAGAAAUCCGAAUUCAAAAGCUAAAACUUUAUACGUGCCACGGGUAACUACAUCAGUUUAUAAAGCACAUACUGGCAAAGAUAAAGUAGUAAAAACAAUAUUUUCAACGGUGCCCAGCACGCUUGUAACAGAAAUAUCAUCGCCACAUAUAACAUCAGAACUUGUGAAAAUAUUAUUAACACAAACUUCACCGCUUUUACCUGUAUUACAAAAAGCAACAGAGCCAGAUGUUGUAGACAUGCUUGACCCCACUACAUCGUCAAAAGUGCAAAAUUUAACAACAUUUAUGAAUAUGACAAAAAUACCAGAAAGCAAAUUGCGUCCAGACUCGACAUUAGAUACAACAGAUACAACCUCACUGUACAUUACAACCGCAGAAAUAUCAGGAACGACUUCAUCAGACGGUACAAUCGAAACGAGAAAAUUGAAAACUUAUCCGGAAACAACAGCAGUGUAUCCGAAAUCAACUUCAACUUUAAAUGAACAUUCUUCAUCGCCGAAUACAUCAUUGUUAACAACUUUGGAAACGGUAGACGAAACAGCAACUUUAUAUUCUAACACAACCAAAUCAUUAAAUGAAACAUCAUCAAUGGUGUCUGAAAUAGAUUAUUCUUUUUUGUAUACAACCAAAACAUUACCAAACACAACAAAUCUUAAAUCAGAAACAACAUCAAAAUUAUGGAACGCAACGACAACAUCAUUGCAAAAUAUAACGACAACACCAUUGCCAGAUGAAUAUACAUCUGUGUCUCAAAUAACACAAAAGUCAUCUGAAAAACCCACAGGUUUAGCAAAACUGCGUUCGAAUCCAUUUCAAGCAUCAACAACGACGUUGCCGAAAGCAACAACAGUUUUGUCGGUUUAUAAGACUGGAUGGACAGCAAAUCUUUCAAAAACAACAAAAGAAUUUCCAGAAAAUACCAACACAUUUACAGAAAUAAUCACAGCAUUUCCAGAAACUACCGAAACAUUUCCAGAUAAACCAACAGCAUUUCCAGAAACAACCACGACAAUAAUGGAAACAACCACGACAAUUCCAGAAACAACCACAUCAUUUCCAGAAACUGUCGUACCAUUUACAGAAAAUCCAACAGCAUUUCCAAAAACAGACACGACGUUUUCAGAAACUACUACAAUAUUUCCAGUAACAACCAGAACAGUUCCUGAAACAACCACAACAUAUCCAGAAACAACCACGACAUUUCCUGAAACAACCACGACAUAUCCAGAAACAACCACGACAUAUCCAGAAACAACCAACACAUUUCCAGAAACAACCACGACAUAUCCAGAGACAACCAAGACAUUGCCAGAAACAACCAAUACAUUGCCAGAAACAACCACGACAUUUCCAGAAACAACCACGACAUUUCCUGAAACAACUACGGCAUAUCCAGAAACAACCACGACAUAUCCAGAAACAACCAAUACAUUUCCAGAAACAACCACGACAUUUCCAGAAACAACCACGACAUUCCCAGAAACAACCAAGACAUUUACAAAAACAACCACGACAUUUCCAGAAACAACAAAGACAUUGCCAGAAACAACCACGACAUUUCCAGAAACAACCAAGACAUUUCCAGAAACUACUACACAUUUGUUAGAAACUACCACAACUUUGCUAGAAACGACAACUACGCUACCAGAGAUAACAACACUGCCAGAAAACUAUAAUACAGUUGAAAUGUCUGAUGUAACAUCAUAUACUUUCGACAAGGCAAUACUGUUGUGCAAUGUUAGACACGCAGUCAAAUGGAAAUCACUUUCUGUAAAAGUUAAUCAAGCCUGGAGACCAUUAGAAGUCACGUUAUUUCCUUCCGGCGUCAUAAAAUGGUCACGAGCGAAGAAAAACAGGCAUGACGUCAUGUUUGACAUAAUCAACAGCACGGAUGGUACAGGAAGUAACAUGACGUUAACUUUGAUAAUAAAUGACGUCCAAUGUCGAGAUGCAAAUGAUUAUAUUUGUAGUCUGAAGUCAUCGAUAGAAGAUAGAGCAGCAAGAAGUCGCCUUAUCGUAGUGGGGAAACCAAGCAAGAAGAUUACGUUGACACUUGGGCCAUCCGUAAUAGAAGACAGGGCCUUCCGUAUAACAGCAUCAUGGCAAGGUGGUUACCCCAUACCCUGGGCAAAUAUGUCAUGGAUCGCCUUAGAUGCCAGUAAUAAAAGUUAUAAUCUGGCAGAUUACGGUGAAUAUAGAGAUUAUGAACUACACGUGGAUCACAAAUUUUGUCAAACUACACUUAAGCAUUCAAUAGUGGUCUUUCCUCGAAUACACUUGAAUGAUACGACCGUUAUAGUGAAACCUAAUAUCGAAACUAAGAGAUAUUAUGUUGACAAAUCAAUGGAAAAAUAUCUCACACAAGUCCAGCCUGGCCAAGAUAAGAUUUUAGUUAUACCAUUAAAUUAUUGUCAGAAUGAGGGAAAAGAAAUGAGCAUUCCACAUCCGUAUACACCAUGUACAAAGUUUGUGAGAUGUCUACCCGGUGAUAUGGUGAUACAACUGUGCCCUCGUGGCACGUGUUUUUACGAGGGAAAACAGGAAUGUGGUUAAUAGAAGCAUAACUACUUGUGUGUUUCAAAUAGCGUCAUAUAUUUCGAUGACGUCAUCCAGAAGAUCAAAAACAACAUCCUAGUCUCCAUUAACUGGAUAGAAGAAGGGCAGUUGUUUGUAUGGGAGAGAACAUCAUAAAGAUUAAUCUUACCAUAUGUCAGUUUACAAGUCAAAUGAUGUCAUAUGAAGACCUACUAGUAUUUAGUUUUCAACAGUAUCUUCGUAAGAUUCGAAACAUAUUCGAGUAUGUCUCCUGGCCUAACUAGUACUGGUGUUAUAUAAACAAUGUGACUAAUUAGAGGUAUAUUUGUGCAAUUGUUGAUCACGUGACCGUGUACAUAUAGUGAAAAAGUUGCAUUAAUUUUGUUUCUUCUUAAAAAAAGAGAGUUCUUAAUGAGUCCAGCAUUAAUGCAUGUACAUAAUCUGCAAUAAAUGGGAUUUGUUUAUUAUGACUAUGAAUGUAACAUUUCUUUUUUACGUUUAAUAAAUUAUGAAGUGACCCAAAUAGAUUAAAAGAUAUUGUCUUUCAUGCCUAAUGUGAUAGUUUUAGUUUAUUACAUUGGCUGUAUAAUAGGCAAUUUUCCAGCGAAUAUGCUGAUUUUUGUUCCAACAAUAUAUAUAUUAUACAAGAUAAAUGAGCCGUUCUGUGACAGUAUGGAAUAUCUAAUUCAGAUUCCAUUCCAUGGCAACAAUAAGGACCAGAAAGUAAUAUCGUUAAUUUAAAUCAAUGAAGCGUACAAAUGUUUAAAAAAUAUUGCUAACUGAAUGUGAUAUACAUUUUUGUAAAAAUAUGUUGUUCUGAGUUUCAUUUAACUUCAAGAGUAUUUUAUAAGUUUCAUUUCAACACAUAUAUUGUUUGGGUGAAUCAGAAUUUAUUUUAGUUCGAUUGUGUAGUAUGCUACAUUGUAUAAGCUUAUAGACACACUUUCGAAUCCGU